AUGCGGGAGUUUGUGCGAACACACUCGUUUCCGAACGGGCAGCGGAAUAAAGACGGAACCGAGAAUUUUUGGAAAAUUGGAGACGGUGCUUACAUAUGCUCUGCAAAAGUAUCGUAUUCGUACUAAUUGCAAUCAUGCAUGACAAAUGUUGUUUCUUAGCCAAAUCAGCAUUACAAACUCCAUUUUUCCUUCUGAAAAAACUUGUAUUGCAAUUCAUACUAGUACGAUAAUUUUGCAAUGCAUAUUACACGUACUGGGGAAAAGACGCGUGCGUGCGGGACCUCGCGCGCUGGUCGGUGGAGCACCCGCUCGGAGCCAAAGUGCUUAUGCAAGAAAAAAACUGUGUAAGUGUAAAUCUGUGAUGCACAAAAUGCAACACAGUUAUACUUGUCAUGCUCGACAUGCAUGAUCGGCUCGCUUCCUAUGUGUUUUCCCUUACUAUCUGUGCAUAACAAGUUUUACCUGUCAUGGCAGACGAACUUGUGAUGCUGUUUUCCGAAAAGACUUACACUUACACAGUUUUUUUCUUGGAUAGUGCUCCUGCCGCAGUUAGUGUGGUUUCACACUGACGACAGACAAUACACUGAACAAAAACCGAGAAGAAUUUCAUCUCAAACGCUAACGCUAACACAGCUUGUGUCAGCUCCAUCUUCUACUUCGUUGUCGCCGAAUGAAGGAACGAAUAUUGCGGAACAGUCUUCGGAGACGACGAGGAAAACGCUCACCAGCAACGUAGCAGACAAUAACGAUUAUGGCCAUGGUGCUGAAGGUCCUGCUAGACGUACAAACCAGUCUGAUCAACAAGCGCAAGCGCUCUCCCUGUACGCGACCCUGCAGCAGUGCGAACAGACGAGGCUGGGUAACUUGAACGUUGUCGAUUUCUUUCUGGAUCAUGCAGAUGUUAUUGGUGACACGAGGAACGAAAAUGACACCGUCAGUGGGACUAGCGAUAGUCCUCCAGCAAUGGGACGAGCUCGCCAGCACGAGCAGCAGCGUGGAGCUGCUUCUGAAACUACAGGAGAGCAACACGGUCGUCCCUUGAAGCUGUUGAAGGAGGUGUCUUACAUCUGCCUUCCGAAGAGCUGCGAAAAAUCCGAGAACACGCGUUUUUGGACGGAGUUCUUCACCUUCGUCGCGGAAGCGCGGACCGUCGCGGGACUAGUUUCCUGGCCGACGUGGAGCAGGCUCUUCGAUGCUUUAACCCCAUCGGGAAUUGGCUCACCGAGGUGGCUCCACGACUUCCCUCGUGUGAGCAAAGUCGAGCCGUUGGUGGUCGGGUCUUUUGAGACAGUUGCAGUAGGAGACCAUCACGGGAAAGCAGUAGUUCCUGCUGCAAGACGACAGACCAUCACGGGAAUUCUUCGUGCCUCUGCCUGGCUGAACCAUCGGCAGCAAUGCCUCGCGAGGGAUUUGUUUAUCAAGCCUGUGCGGGAAUCGAAACGCGACUUUGCACAAAGAGCCGAAAUAAAGAAUUCCUUGUCCACCUUCCAAAACCGCACGGACGCGUCUUCGGAACUGCAGCUAAACGACUUGGGAAUUUUGAGCCAUUUGCAGGAGCACCUCCACGCAAUACAGACCGGCCCCGAGUUAUUCGCGACCAGGAAAAAUAUUCGGCGCAUGUUCGGCUACGGCUUUAGUGUCGAGGAAUUGAACGCGCGAUGGAAUAAAGACCAUGAUCUUCCUUUCACCGGCGCAUCGGUGGAUGAAACUUCUACAGGCACAGGAAGUGUUUCGACUGGUAUGAAGUCGAGCGCUAGCACACCGUCGUCUCUGAACAUAAACUCCUCAACAACGUGGUCCUCCACGACAACGGCGGGGAGCUCGAUUACACAGCAACUCCCUCGUCUUCCAAGACAACCGUUCGCAAAUUUGUUUCUGGAAACGGUAGAAGCUAUUGGUGAUCCGCCAGAUGAUGAAGACGGCCAUGGGGUUGGGGAGGGGGGCUCACAGUUGUCAACGAGAAUGAACACGACUGUGGCGGAGCCGUUAGUAAAAGAGGAGUCCUCGCCACCGCUAGAAAUGGAUCCGUAUCGCGUUUGGUACUCCGGGAGACCGCAAGCGAUUAUGGCAAAGACCCACCGAGGUCCAAGAGCUAAUAUCGCUUUCACGCCUUCGUUCUUGAAUAUCAAGUCGCGCUUUCUCGAUGCGAAAACGGGCGCUCUGGUGAUUGACGGCACGGCAAAUGGGAAAAUCAAUGAAGCUACUGCAACCGGCGGGCCUCCGCCACAGGUAGCCAACAGGGCAGGCGCUGUUCGGUAUCGCGCACUGGAGCCGUUCUGUCGAAACGUGCGGGGAAGGGCGCAUCCAUGUUUUGGCGAAGAAAAGUCAUUAUUUCAACGACGCAACGGGAGACGACAUCCGGAGCAGGAGGAGGUGGAGAUUAAAAACCAGGAGCAAUCAAUUAUAAUGCGGGAUGAUUCCUCAAAAGGUAAGACCUAUGCGCCCAAGAAAAGUAGAAUCGGGAGGUCAUCAUCUUCUAAUGGACAGCAAGAACAUAUUUUCCGAAGUGAAGACACCGUGCCGACAAUCCAGACUUUAGAUGAGAUAUUGGACACGAGAAGAACUCCGAGGGAGUGGGGGAAAAGUCGUGACCUGUCGUCCUCACGACGAUCCUCCGCUUCAAGCAGCACCGCUUCUGGUGCGACCACUCUCUCCUCCGCCAGAGUCGCGUUUUUCACCCUGGCCACCAGUCUGAAAACGAAGUGCGACCACCCGCUGCGGUUUCCCAACGGGGAGCUCCUUCAACUGCAGGACCGGUCGAAAAAGAACAGCUACUUUAUCGAUGGUCGCAACUUUGUAAACUGGUGUCACACGCACUUCUGGAAGUGGAACCAGCCCUCGAUUGCGUUUUUGAGGAAGCGUGUGGGGGAGUUGCACUCGUUUCAGUUUUUCGGGGCGCCCGAUGACGCCACAGGGCAGUUCCUGAUAACAGAACCUCCAAGUUCUUCCGACGUCAGGCCCUCUGUAGAAGAAGUUGACCCUGAGCAAAGAACAGGCAAGACGACCGAGGAAAUAUUGGACAAGCGCCGCAGUGGUCAUGAAAAUUUGAGCCGCGUCGUUAGGUACUGCAGCCCGAUCAGUAUUAACCGACGUAAUCUAGUUCCAGCUAAGCCAAAGGGCAAGAAGAGCAGGAACAAUAUGGACAACCACGAGGAUUCAGCUGCUGCCUCUGCCAAAGAUGAUGUCGAGAAUAACACCGGUAAGGAAAGAACAGGCGAAAGGGUUUUGCAGAGCAGGGCGACUAUGCCUCCAAGCGCCGCUGCAACAGCUCCCCUAAAAAUGUACCGUCAAUACAAUUUUGUCAACCCGGAGGAUGAAAAGUUUUUCAAACAGUAUCGAGUGACCGUCGUACCCCUCGACCUCUGUCGCCGCUACCUAUCCAAGCUGCGGCCCUCGCACGCGAUGUUUCCCCCCCGGCACCCUGCGGCGCACGGCAACAUGGCGCUGUUCGAGUUUGCGCGCGUCGCGAUUUUUGAACUCGGCACCAUUUACGACUUGAGUCUGCACUUUGACACGGAUUACCUAAUUCCCCACCCGCUGAAGCUGCUGGGCGUGUGGGGCCAAGUUUUCGCGCGCACGGAAACGCGAACCGACACCUUUAUGCUAUUCCCGGCCAACGCCAACCAGGCGCAAACGAGUCUGCUGCUUUUGACCAAAAUUGGCGAAGAGAAGAAGCGGCAGAUCCUGAAGCACUUUUUCGAUUUAGAGCUGCACAUUGUCCAGGUCGACGACGCGGAGAGCGCGGAGCGGAUAGCAGUAGCGGAGAAGAAAAAAGAGCUCGUGGACCGGAAGCGAAAAGCCGUGGAGGCUUUGCUGGAGCCAUUUUAUUUGCCGGGUGAUAUAUCUCGUCCAGACGGGAGCGGGGCAUCAGCAGCGAGAGCGACUUCAGCUUCAGCAGGUGCGGGCAGUACAUCGUCGACAUCUGCGACUACUGCUGCAACGACCCUACUUUUGUCCACCGAGAAGGCUGUGCGAAAGUUCGUCUACCGAUGGCUGAUUCGACAGACAGAUAGUACCCGUGAGGGAGUUCCUGCGACGAACUCCACACGCCGUCGACAGGACGCUCUGGGGACUGUUGUUCGAACUCUGGCAACGCAAGCUUUGUCUAGCAGUGUGCUCGUUGGUCGUGAAACGGACAAAGCUAAACCUAAAGCUGUGGACGUCGAAGACUACAACAGCAAAAAGCCUCGCCCUAUGAUCUCCGUCUGUCUUUUCACGCAGCUUUUCCAAGCGUGGCUCCGAUCGCUCGGCGAAACGGGCACCAUCGGUCGUGGUGGUUGGGGAAGAAAAACAGCAGGCCGAAUCUUCAUGAAAGGUCGACGCAUUGACGGCAGCACGACUUCUGGGCCACUUCAUGAGGACCAAGUCGAAGUAGAAGCUGCAGUAGUAGAUCAGGCUAUUUUAUUCCCUGGUGAGGAUGAAGUGAAAGAAUCUGUGAAAUUUUGCGCAGGACAAACUACAUCAAGAAAGUCACCUGGUGGACCUCGAUCUCCUGAUAUCCCAGCGGCUUCCGCGCCACCGCUCGCGCCCGACCAUGACCCAGUGAAAACACCGCUUCGCCACGAGGCCGACUUGCAAAGGUAUGAAAGGAAAACCCUAGUUCUUCGGAAUUUACAGCUUUUUGGACACGAUUAUUCGGACGAGUCGCCAGGGCCAGGGGAGCUUGGUAAUGGUACCUUGAGUAAGAAUCUUCAGGGCCAAGAACGACCCGCGGAGCAAGGUGAAAAAAUUGGUGAUGACUACAUCAUGAAUUCCCCCCUCCUGCCUGAUAACUUUCUCAUUCUCGAUUUGGAAGCGGGCCCGGACUUGUGGCUCGUUGACGAUUUUGAUGUGGAUUCAGAUCGGAUAAAACCGACGGCAAUCACGAUGAAUGGAGCCCAACUACUAGUGCAGCAACCCGUUCUUGACCAGGACGGCCUUGACGUUUUUUUCUCUCUAAAGGAAGGCGUGAAACUCCCUGCACGAAAUCUCGAGGAGAAAUUGGUAGCGCCGUCUUUCGAGCAGUGGCAAAGAGUAGCGUCUGCACAAGCCGGAAAUAAAGAACUUCCGCAGCAGCAGCUAGCGCAACAACUUCCGGACCACGAAGUGUUGAACCGGACGAUUUAUUUGGUUCCAUCAGGAGCAUACUCUUCGUCCUCGUCCUCGAUGGUCUCUCCUGCUGUUGACCUUGCAACGACGUCAACGACCAGUAGCAUUGAAUUUGCAACAACUCCUUCCAACAGAACACACAGGAACAAUUUUCCUUCCACUCUCCGCGACCCCUUCCCCUUCCGCUUUCCGAAGGAGUUUCUGCAUCCGGACCUUUCUGAGAAACUGCUCGGGAGCACGGCAAAACCCCCUCAGCGGGAGGUGCUGAUUGACUACGAACGCGCGCACUCGCCCUUCGACCUGUUGGCCCGGUUUCCCGGGUUCAAGGCUUGGUACACCGGGGCAGUCAACGUGUUCCACUUCGUUCUGCGCAAGAAGAAACUCCUGAACACGUACCAACUGAACCGGUGCUUUUUCGGCUACCUUGGGGAGCAGAGCCUUCGCAUCCAGAAAACCGGCCUCAGCAUCCUGCACCCCGACCUGCGCAGAGAGUUUGGGGAACGCUGGUUCAGCAGAACAACUGCGACUAGUAGAGCUAGAGGCAUCAUGACACCGGAGCUUCUUUAUCACCACAAUGACCGGUGGCACGCAGCGGAGGGGAAGGACUUGGAAAGGCACCUGCUCCUGAAAGAGGAGGAGAAGAGAGGAUCGAUACAGAGCAGUGGGAACCUCCAGCUGCACGAGCGGACACUUCUACAACCUCAAUUCUCAUCAACAGGCACGAGGACCUCCGAGGAGAACAAUAUCUCUAAGGUCGAACAUCAAUCAAAGCAGGCCGUCAAGCCGAGAAGUUCUUAUCGGCCGCGGCAGAACGCAACGACCAAGUCGAUGCCGUUCGAGGACGCGUCGUGUCCGUUUCGCCUCCAAUCCGACGCGGGGGUACCGGACCACACGCAAUACGCCAGCAUGUACGGAGGCACGACGCACGAAGUGUACAAACGUUGCCUACUCUGGCCGAUCGAAACCCCCCAGCCCGGGGUGGGAUUCACCGCUGCGCGCUGCUCUUUCUGGGAAGACCCGCCGGCAGUCGUGCACAAGUCGGAUGUGGGCUUGUCGGAGUUUUUCCGCCGCACCUGGAGGAAACUAAAAAACUGCGGAGAAUAGAGUAUGAUAGAUCGGCGUGAUGAUCCCUGUGCGGCUUCUUAAACAGCUUUUCAAAUAGGACCAAAGUAUCUGCAGCAACCAGGACGAGGAGUAUUGCCAUCCAUGUACGUACAUUGUAUUGUAUUAACAUUAAGCGUGCCCAAAAGGAGCAGCAAAAAAUGUUGCAACAGUGAAGAUUUGAAGCGGUUUAAGGAUGAAGUGUCUUUUUUUCGACUGCAAACAAGUGAAAAUACUGCUUCUUCAAAUAGCCGAUGAAGAUGAGGAAAUACCAGUAAGAAUAUAAAGGAUCUACUUGUACUUCAGGAUCAUCAGGAAAUGACUGUAAUGGAAAUGACUUCAGGCACUUCGCUUCCGCGGGGCAUGUACAGACGUCAUGACAAGAC